AUGACCACGGUGGUGCACGAUUCAGGGGUGCGGCCGUUCUUUGAGCAGAAAGUGCAAGAGACGGAAUUGCUCAUCAGGGCCAAGUCUGAGAACGUGCGGAGGUUGGAGGCUCAGAGGAACACUUUGAACGAGCGGGUACGGUUCAUCAAAGAUGAGUUGCGGUUGCUGCAGGAGCCCGGGUCGUACGUUGGGGAGGUGCUCAAGGUCAUCUCAGACACGAAGGUGCUCGUUAAAGUGCAGCCGGAGGGGAAGUACAUCGUCGACGUGGCCAAGGAUAUCAACGUGAAGGAACUCAAAGUCUCGCAGCGGGUGUGUCUCAAGAGUGACUCGUACAUGCUGCACAAAGUGCUGGAGAACAAAGCGGACCCGCUUGUCUCGCUUAUGAUGGUCGAGAAGGUCCCCGAUUCCACUUACGACAUGGUCGGUGGGCUUACGAAACAGAUUAAAGAGAUCAAAGAGGUCAUUGAGUUGCCCGUGAAGCACCCAGAACUGUUCGAGUCCCUAGGGAUUGCACAACCCAAGGGGGUCAUCCUUUAUGGUCCACCGGGUACGGGUAAGACUUUGCUAGCUAGAGCAGUGGCUCACCACACGGACUGUAAGUUCAUCCGUGUCAGUGGUGCGGAGCUCGUGCAGAAGUACAUCGGUGAGGGGUCCCGUAUGGUCCGUGAACUGUUUGUCAUGGCCCGUGAACACGCGCCCUCGAUCAUCUUCAUGGACGAGAUCGACUCCAUCGGGUCCAGCAGAGUCGAGUCCUCCAGCGGUGGUGGAGGAGGUGGGGACUCCGAGGUCCAGCGGACCAUGCUCGAGUUGCUCAACCAACUCGACGGGUUCGAGACGUCCAAGAACAUCAAGAUCAUCAUGGCGACGAACAGACUAGAUAUCCUGGACCCAGCACUGCUCAGACCGGGUAGAAUCGACAGGAAGAUAGAGUUCCCAGCACCAACACUCGCGGCAAGGACGGAGAUUCUCAGAAUACACUCCCGUAAGAUGAAUCUCACCCGUGGGAUCAACCUCCGCAAGAUCGUAGAGAAGAUGAACGGGUGCUCUGGUGCAGACGUCAAGGGGGUCUGCACAGAGGCAGGCAUGUACGCCCUAAGAGAACGCAGAAUACACGUCACGCAGGAGGACUUUGAACUCGCAGUCGGGAAAGUCAUGAACAGAAACUCGGAAAUGGCCAUCUCACAGGCAAAACUGUUCAAGUAA